CUCGGCGGAAUUCGAACCCAGAACGUAACAGCAGACGAAAUACCGCAAAGCGUCUCGCCCGGCGCGAGUAAUUAAGAUAAAAUAGAGUUACUUCCCCUGACACACUCGCUGUUAUUACUCUCCCCCGCCCACAAAUCUCUUUCAUUCUUUUCCCCGACGGGCACUUCCUCCUUUCUUAAUUACUUCAUCUGAUCCGGUCUUUUAACGACUAUUUAAGACGAUCCAAUUAAUUAUAGAUGACGAAUGAUAAUUAGUUAACCGCGUAAAAUAUAGAUCGUUUCAUUAUUAUUAUUUUGAAAGCGUGAAUCCAACUUAUUUUCCUGUAAAGACUCCUGAUCCGAUCUCGUCUUCUUUGGAUCCUGGGUCCUGGGGCUAAACGUGAAUAUAUUAACAGACGAUGACGUCAGCCUAACGAAGAGGUUUUACUUCAGUGGAUUCUCUAAUCAAGCCGCCAUGGUAUGAAACCCAUUUAAACCAAGCAUCUAUAAAUCCACGGAAGAUUUACUGUGAAAUAUUUCCUCAUUAACUAAAAUUAAUUAUAAAAUUCCUCUACUUUGUUGUCUUGAGUGUAUGCAUACAAGAUCGCCGACAUCAUUGUUUAACUUCCACAUUCCAUGCUAGCAUGGGUUGGACGGUUUGACUGAGGACUGGCAAGCCAGGAGACUGCACCAGACUCCAAUUUAAUUUGGUAAGGUUUCUACAGCUGGAUGUCCUUCCUAAUGCCAACCACUCUGUGAGUGUAGUGGGUGUUUUUUAUGUGGCACCAUACAAAAUGGUUUUGUAUUUUAAUUAAACCUGGACAAAUUUACCAAGGAGUUUUUUCGCACCACCAGAUUCCCAUGAUGACCACAAUUGAUGGAAAUAAGGCCGUAGAACUAUUUGUUGAGAAUAAAAAAAUAAUAACGGAAACUAGGAAAAAUGUUCAUAUUUUUGAGGUGAAAAAUGAGAAAUUAUGGCAAAUGAAUUUACUGGGUACCAUGUUAAAUGUAAGACACAGCGUAAAAGAAUAAGUUUUUUCUAAAAAAAUUUUGACAGAAAUGGGGAAACCUGCAUAUCACUGUGAUAUCUGUAAAAAGUCAUUUGCGCACAAAGGUAACUUAAUGACACACAGACGAAUACAUACAGGUGAAAAACCAUAUCACUGUGAUAUCUGCGGAAAAUCGUUCACUGGAAGAAGCACUUUAACGAUUCAUAAACGUAUUCAUACUGGAGAGAAACCGUAUCGUUGUGAUAUCUGUGGUAAGUUUUUCUCGCAGAGCGGUGACUUAACAGCUCAUAAACGCAUCCAUACAGGUGAGAAACCGUAUCAUUGUGAUAUCUGUGGUAAAUCCUUUUCUCAAGGCAACCAAGUGACCAUGCAUAAACGCAUCCAUACAGGUGAGAAGCCGUAUCACUGUGAUAUCUGUGGUAAAUCGUUCACUGGAAGCCACGUGCUGAAUAACCAUAAACGCAUUCAUACUGGGGAGAAACCGUACUUCUGCGACAUCUGCCAUAAAUCCUUCUCACGGAGCCACCACCUGUCCACUCACAGAAACAUUCAUACAGGUGAGAAACCGUUUCACUGUGACGUCUGCGGUAAAGCGUUCUCUCGAACGCAUCACUUAACGACUCACAAAAGCAUUCAUACAGGUGAGAAGCCGCAUCAUUGCGAUAUUUGUGGCAAAGCAUUCUCGCAAACAGGUAGCUUAACGACACACAAACGUAUUCAUACAGGUGAAAAGCCGUAUCGCUGUGAUAUCUGUGGUAAAUCAUUCUCUCACGGAAACACCUUAACCAAACACAAAUGCCUUCAUGCAGGAGAAAAACUGUAAAAAUUACUCCACACAAAUAUACAUACAUACAUAUAUACACAAACUUUUCAGAGUGUCUAAAUUAAGAUUAAAUCGCAAAUUGAACGGAAAGAAAAAUCGUGAGCAUUUACACAAUCAUUCUGACACACAUCAAAAUGUUUUUCGAAAUUUCAAGUUCAUCCAUCGCAGUUUAUUGUUCAAGUUUAUGUUGAUUCCUCCAUGGUGUUGUUUUGAAUUUAUAAUAAAACAAAUAUAAACAAAUUAUAAAAAUAAUGAAAAAAAAUUGACUUGUCCCAAACUUUGGCAUCGAGAGUUA